GAGUACACCACAGCGCAGGGACCAUGCACGCCUUAGCAACGCGCAUAGGGGGCACCCGCCAACGAUUGCACUGCCUGACCCGAAGAAUAGCCGACAAUCAGCUGGGAAACCCGCUGCGUGCCGUGGUCGUGCCCAGUACCACCGCUGCUGCCAGCCCGAGGUGUGCUUCUUCAGCAUCGGAUGAUCGCGAGAGGGAGAUAGCAGCGGAGCUCUCCAGAGCUCCGACACCCACACCACCGCCGCUCGGCAACCCCAAGCAGCAACGGGCCGCCACCGAGAUACUCGUCAAUCGGUCAGGGCUGAUGCCCACCCGCAUGACCCACGAGAAGGAUGACAGGCCGCCGCUGACAGGGCUGGCGAAGGAGCUGGAACAAAUGAUUUUCCUGAACGGGCCCAUGACGGUGCCGGAGUACAUGAUCUACGCCCUGCAGCACCCCAAGUACGGCUACUACAUGCGGCAGGAGGAAAAGAUCGGCCGCGGCGGGGACUUCAUCACGGCGCCUGAGAUUAGCCAGACCUUUGGAGAGAUGAUCGGGAUUUGGUGCGUGGCUAGCUGGAAGGAGAUGGGCUCCCCCGAGGAGUUUCGGCUGGUUGAGCUCGGCCCCGGCAAGGGGACCCUCAUGGCCGACAUCCUCAGGACGGUCAGCAGUUUCCCGGACUUCAGGAAGGCCUUGUCGCUCCACAUGGUGGAAACCAGCGACAACUUGAGGGCGUUACAGGUCAAGGCCUUGGGCGCGACGUUUGCCCCCACCGCUUCUUAUUCCGCGUCCCGCGGGGGGGGCGGCGGAGGCGGAGCGAAAGAAGUGGAAGGGAGCCCGAUGCAGCUGCCGGGGGGCGGUGAGGCGGUGUGGCACACCAAUAUUGAGCAGGUGCCGAAGGGACAGCCCACUCUCUUUAUAGCGCAGGAGUUUUUGGACGCCCUUCCUGUGCACCAGUUCCAGUACACAGAGAAAGGCUGGAGGGAGAGACUCGUUGACAUUAACGUUCCCGGCGCCGGAGGCGCGAGCGUCGACGGGCCCGAGGGGGGGGGUGGCAGCCAGGACGGAGACGAAUCCGCGGUUGAGGGUGGAGGGGGGAAAUCGCGAAAACAGGAUGCGAAGGAAGCUGACUUUAGGUUCGUUCUUUCCGCCCAAGAGACCACCGCGGUGCAAACCUUCCUCACCAAUCCGAAAAAGGCUCAGGACGCCAAGAUGGUUAUCGGCGGUUUGGGAGGGGGGAAACCGUCGAGUCGAAGAGGGGGCGGGGGAGCAUCCUCAUCAUCGACGAAGAAGGGGCCGCUGGGGGAGUCGGUCGGGGACCGUCUGGAGGUGUCCGGGGAGAGCAUCUUGCUCGUUAAGGAGGUGGCCGAGAGAAUCGCCCAAGACAGAGGGGGCGCGCUGUUUGUGGACUACGGAGAGGCCCACGCCCUGGGAGACUCGCUGCGGUGCUUCAAGGGGCACGAGGAGGUGCCCGUCCUGUCGGACCCGGGAGAAGCAGACAUGACUGCAGACGUCAACUUCGGCCUGCUGAGACGCGUCGUCGCCGGGGUGGAGGGGGCCCGGCCGCACGGCCCCGUGGGCCAGGGGCAGUUCUUGAGGGAGAUGGGCAUUGGGGCCAGGCUCACCGCGUUGGCCGAGCAGCCCCACGUAACCGAGGAGCAGGCAGACGCGAUGCUAGAAGGCUACGUGCGGCUGGUGGACCCCGCGCAGAUGGGCGUGCGUUACAAGGUGUUGGGCAUCUCGGAAGAGCGCCAAGAAAUGCCUCCCCCGGGUUUCAUGUCCGAGGUCGAUCCCGACCUUCGCAAAUAGUUUAUUAAUGGAAGGCGUCGUUAUUGAUGUCCUUGAACUGCUGUAGGUUCGAGUCUCGGUCUACCCCUAGGCAGAAUCUGCUGUUGAAGAGACUUCCCUCAAAGUUGGUGGUUUUGUUUUAACCCUCCUAGCACCCAGUCCGUUGGCAAAAAAAAAUGCCGAAAAAUUGUUUGUCAGCCAUUGGUCGAAGGGCUACCGUCCCUCCAAAGGGUCAGGCGAUGUACAGUUUUACGACCUAGGGGGCACGCGGGUUGGGAGAUGGUUUACUGCAAGCCAGAGGGCCAGGAGAGGCAUCAUACAGCAUAUCACACAGCGUACCACCUCAGUCAAGCAUGAUAGAACAAGGGUUCUCACGUACGUUGCAUACAGCGGAGCCUAGGUUGACUUCAGUGCGGUAAAUAGGCCUUUUGAGUGCUGCUUCCCAAAGUGACCCCAAAUCGUCCCCCAAAAGGCUUCCAGUACUAGGAGGGUUAUGGGGCUUUGCCAAAGUCGACAAGACAGACUGGUCUUCAUGUAGCUGAGCUUGCAGCAGGAGGAAGUCAUGGUAGUUUCUGCGCACGAGCGUCUGUGAAACUCUCUACACUUUUUCUCCCUGCCAUACGGCUGUUCCUAGGCCUCUAUGAUAGCACCAACCGCGGAGCCCCCAAGGGAUCACCCGGGGAUCACCCCCCGGAGCAGCCCCCACCACCCUGCUUCCCUGAACCCCCAGUUUCCGUGCGUGCAGCUAUGCAGCUAUGGCACCGGCAGCCGCCGCUGUCGUACUUUCGCUAUUAUUGUGUCAGUGGGGAGGUUUCGGCAUUUGGCCGAUCGACCAGACAUCGUCGCUUACGAUGCAUAGUAGUUUACGUGAGGGCCGAAUACUAGGGAAUCAAGCGGUCGGCGUCGCGGUACGAAAAGACGCGGGUACAUGUUCGAGUAAACGUCGAACCCUGGCGGUCUUUGGGAGAGGUUUGCCGCGGUUUUUUCCUUGUAUGCAUAUGCAUAGCAGGUAGAAAAAUUGAUUAAGUAAAUUAUACAUCUAUGUGAUUGCCGGCCUACCGUACGUGCCCUGUGUAAAAUGGUUCCGUCUACAUACAUCGAUAUAUUCAUUCUGUUUCAGGCCUACCCAACCACCCACAACCAACCAUUUAAUAUCUUCCACGAGAGAGUUUCUACAUCCUGUCAUAGCAAGGAGCCUCCAGCCUAAGCGCCAUGGCCCCCUAUCCAAAAUUUUCAGCACGAACGAACACCGAAUCACGUGCGUUCCUUCUUUCGCCAAGUAGUCUAGCGCUUUGAAGGGAAACUCUAUGAAACAUAAAAGUAAUUGUACGCAACACACGCCUUGGGUGUACAUAGCCGCCGUUGCGCAACUGUGCGACGUAUGACAAAGAAGCGCACGUUUCUUGCAACAAGGGCGCCAGAAUGACGUUCCUUUAAUGCCGUAAACAAGAGUGUUUGAAAUCAUAUCAAUCAACAACGUCGUACAUUUACACUCUUUGACCAAUGCCUCAUGUGGCGAUUUCUGCUUCGAAAGACACACUGGGCGAUGAAAACGGAAACCAAUUGCAGCUUCAGCCCAGCCGCAAAACCGCUAUUAGCCAUCAUAUGUUCCCCGUAUUGUCGGCCCAAACCAAAACUUCAUACACGCACACUUUUGCACAUCCCAUCAAUGGUCUAACGACU